AUGAAAUUUUAUGACAAUCUCUGUUUUUGUUUUGAUUGCUCGAUUCCGCCAAAUUUUAAAUAUUUUAUCCGAUAAAUCUAUGAAAAUAUGUCAAUAAUCUGACAAUAUCAUGUUUUUCGAUUCGUAUAAAACUAUUGAUAAAAUCAUAAAUGGAACAAGAGAAGAGAGGUGAGCGGGAAGCUAUAGAAAAAUUUGAUAUAAAGUUAAAAUCUAAGCCAAAAGACGGUGUCAUCCUACAGCUACAUCAUACUGUCCGCGGUUCUAAUGGCGAAUGCCGCAGAAUACGGUUCUCGACGGGCGUGUUCGACGACAACCAUGACAAGCUCGCGUGUGCCGACAACGCCGGUAACAUUUUUAUUCUGGACUUUUCCGACCUAAAAUUCUGGAAAUUACCUGGACUCGGGCCUUGCACCGCCUUACAAUUCGUGCCCAAUAGAAUAGAUACUCUGAUCGUAGCCACCGCUAAGAAAUUCGAGAUGAACUUCCUGGACACCGAAAAUGGACAAGUGUCUCUCACUCUGUCAGGGCACACUGCACCAGUAAGACACAUUUCCUUUUCUAAUAAUACAAAAACCAACAACCUUCUGACGGCGAGUCCUGUUGAAGCCAUUCUGUGGGAGCUGCGUAACUACACUAAGUAUUUCACACUGAACACUUACUUGGGAGCCCAAAUACAACAAAUCAUGUUCUCUCCCGCUGGGGACUACCUUGUGGCAUGUUUCCAGAAUGACACCGUUCAAAUUUGGAAGCAUGAGAGUAUGAAGUCUGUCAAGCAGAUUAUACCGAGUGAACUUAAGCACAUGAAGAGUAUUGCAUUCACAAUGAAUGGCCGUGCCAUGGCCAUGGCAGGUCUCGCUCCCAUGCUAAUACUGUUUAGUAUGGACACUUGGAAGGCACUGAAGUCAAUAGACAUGUCUAAGUACAACAUUUCAGGUGCCCAUCAAAUAGCCUUUAUCCCUCAACUAUUUGAUGGUGGUGCAAACAAAAUCUUGGCCAUACUGAGCAGUGACUGUAUACUUUACCUACUAGAUUUAGAAUCAUUAACCGUAAUACACAUAAUACAUCCAGAAUCAUCAGGCAUUCGUAAGUUUGUUGUCAGUCCAACAGGAAAAUACUUCUUAUGUAUCCUGCAGCUUGGAGAAGUCAACAUCUACAACUGUUCGUUUGUAAUGGAUUCCGUUCAGAACUGUCAAAAUUGUGUCGUGGAAACUAUGAGAAAGGAGAUGCCAGGCACAUCAACACAUAAAUGUACUUCUCAGGAUCAAACAAAUUCAAAAUCCCAAAUUGAACAAAAAAUGCGUAUUUGUAUGGAUAGUGCUAGAUUAAGGAGAAUAUUGAUGCAAUAUGGUGAAUAUCCUGAUAAGUUUCGCUCAAUAAUCUGGAGAUCUCUACUUGAUACUCCCCGGAACAAGGCUGCUUAUGCUGCUCUCAUUGACAAAGGCAUCCAUCCAGCGUACAAGGACAUUGAGAAGCAGUUUACUAUUCACAGUGCAGUAACAUUGAAGAACUUGAAACGCUUACUGUCCUGCCUCGCUCACUGGUGUCCAUUAUUUGGUGUGAUGAAGUUCUUACCUGGUUUUGUAUUCCCAUUUGUAAAAGUACUACAAAAAGAUCCUCUCUUGCUAUUUGAAUCUGUUGCCAGUGUCUUAUGCAAUUAUUGUCAACUAUGGUUUGAAUAUGCUCCAUUCCCUCCUAUCAGUGUGCUAGCAAUUGUUGAAAAUAUUUUAGCUGAACAUGACCAACCACUGUUGAAUCAUUUCUGUGAUGUAGGCAUCACAAGUCAAACAUACGCCCUGAAGAUUCUAGAAACUGCCUUUAGUGAGGUACUGACAUGCUCAGAAUGGCUAAUACUUUGGGACCAUAUACUUAGUAAUGAGCCAGCUUUCAUCCUUAUGGCUGUAGUGUCAUACAACAUUGUGCAAAGAAAUGCAUUAAAGAGACUGAAAUCACAUGAACAACUUGAAAAUUUCUUCCACAUGCAGAACCCUAUUGACAAGAAAACAUUCCUAAAGAAGGCUUAUGUACUGUUAAAUGAGACUCCAGAGGACAUACACCCUAGAAGAUUUUUCAAACCAUUUGUUUCACUGGAAAAAGGAGGAUGCUAUCAGCAAUUCAUAGGAUACCCCAAAGCAACAAUUUGCCUGAAACUAGCUAAAAAAGACAGAAAGAAAAGUCUAAAGAGUGAGAACAAGUACACAUUAAAAGAGUUGACUACUAAGAGUCAAGAAAAGGUAAUUCAUGAUAGAGCAAAAGCUGCUGAUCCGGUUGAUAGUAAAUCUGUGCACAGUGACGAAGACAGUUUACAGGAAGUCUGUAUCGAAAAACAUAGGAAAAUAAAGAAAAAAAGCCAUGAUGCAGUACAAAGCAAAGGGGAUUUUUGCUCCAAAGAUACCAGAGAAGAAUUGAUUGAAAGUAUAAUAUAUCCUGCUACAAUACAUCUACAUAGAAACAGAAGUGGUGAAGUCAAAUCACCCAAAAAGGAUAAGGAUCCUUGCAAGCAUACAAGAUCAAAAACAAAGAAAAAAGCCUUAGAAAACAAGAAUGAAACUUUAGAGAAAGAAGUUGAGAAAUUGAUAAGAACUUAUACUAAUUCCGAUUUAUCUGAUACUUGAUUUGUUGCAACUACGUAUUAUAUAGGAGGAUUACAAAAUAACAUAGUCUUACUCUAUUUAAAUAUUAGUUUAUUGUAUCACUGCCCGCUAGUUAGGAUCUGCAUUAAACACUUUUAAAAUUA